AUGAGUCGCACGUUUCUGCAUUGUCUGCCUAGGCACAAAUCCAUUAGGAUUUACUCUAAUCUUGUGACGCUACCAGCGACAACAGCAGGAAAAACAACAAUUACUACUACUACUAGUACUACUACAGCUCAACGGUUCUUUAGCCUUGCGCCGAACCCUGCUUGUGUGGUGCAAAAGAAAUCAUAUCAGAUCAGAAUGUCUUCGCAAUCAACAGCCGGCAAAAUCACCGAUUGGGUCAAGCCCGGCGACACGUCGGGCGAGUUCAAGCGGCAGGUGUCCUCGUUUAGAAACUGGGUCAGCAGCGAGGCUGGCGCGCAGUUCCCGGCCGAAAAGGGCCGCUACCACCUGUACGUGUCGUACGCCUGCCCCUGGGCGACGCGGGUCCUGAUCGCGCGCAAGCUCAAGGGCCUGGAGGACAUCAUCUCCUUCUCGUCUGUGCACUGGCACCUGGGCGAGAACGGCUGGCGAUUCCCCACGGCCGAGGAGGCGGCGAACCCGGACGGCGAAAACGUCACGCCGGACCCCUGCCCGGGCCACGAGGCCUUUACGCACCUCAGGCAGGUCUACUUUGCGGCCGAGCCCGGGUACGAGGGCCGCUUCACGGUGCCGGUGCUAUGGGAUAAGGUGCAGAGGACGAUCGUGAGCAACGAGAGCAGCGAGAUCCUGCGCAUGUUCGGCUCGGCGUUUGACGGGCUCCUCGAGGAUAAGUUCAAGGCCGUCGAUCUGUACCCCGAGUCCCUCAGGGCACAGAUCGAGGACGCGCACGGCUGGCAGUACGACCUCAUCAACAACGGCGUCUACAAGUCCGGCUUCGCCACCACGCAGGAGGCGUACGAGCGCAACGUCACGGCCCUGUUCGAAGCUCUCGACCGCGCCGAGGAGCACCUCGCUGGCGCCGAGGGGCCGUACUGGUUCGGCAAGGAUAUAACCGAGGUUGAUAUUAGGCUCUUCGUCACCCUCAUCAGGUUCGACCCCGUCUACGUGCAGCACUUCAAGUGCAACAUCCGCGACAUACGGUCAGGGUACCCGAGCCUGCACAGGUGGAUGCGCAACCUGUACUGGAACGUGCCGGCCUUCAAGGACACGUGCAACUUUUUGCACAUCAAGAACCACUACACCAAGUCGCACAAGCAGAUCAACCCCUUCUCCAUAACGCCCGUCGGUCCCCUGCCGGACAUCCUUCCGCUGGACGACGAGGUGCCGGCUGUCAAGGCUGCCAAGGCUGUCUGA